AUGACGUCAGUCGAAUGCAAUUUGUAUGGCGUUGUCAUGACAUUAGUGUCUCACACUCUAUUACAGGCCUGGGCCCGUAUUUAUCAAGGAACUUAAGUUUUGACUUAAGUUUGAACUUAAGUUUUUGAAAUUGACUUAUCUAAGUCAAAAACUUAAGUUGGUAUUCAUCAAACAACUUAAGAAAAACUUAAGUAAGUCAGAGAGAAAAACUUAAGUUUGUGGUCGUUAAGGAAGUACUUACAAUUCAUAAACAUCCGGGGAUACACAUUUUUAAAAUUAAAAACCGAGAAGUAAAGAAUAACUAAGGGAAGAUUAAACAAUGAAACAAAUAAAUCGAAAAAAAUACAUAAAUAAAAAUAAGGCCAUUUCAUUGUACACUGCGCAUGAUUAGUGGAAAUUCUUUACCGGUUCUUGUUGAGUGUUACGCUGGCGUGAUAACCAAGCUAGGGAAAUCCCAUCUAUUUUUAUAUGGGAUUCCCCAAGAGUUAUUGCAGACGACAAUGUCAUCGUCAUGGAUGGAAAAAAAAGACGGCCAAACUGGACCAGCGAAGAAUGUCUAAAUUUAGCCCAGUUAGUGGCGACUAAAAAAAAGUUUGUUGAGGGCAAAUUCUCUCCUGAAGUGACGUCAGCAAAGCGGCAAGAAGCGUGGCAGUUCAUUACAAAUCAAGUAAACGCCACAUCAAGCCAAAUAAGAACCAAGGAUGAGGUUGAAAAAAAAAUGGAAAAACAUGAAGAGUUCAUCAAAAAAACAUUUGUCUGCAUUUAAUUGCAAAACCAUUGCAACAGGAGGAGGGACACCACCAAAACCACUGAGUCCUGUUACUGACACAGUAAUAGAUGUCAUUGGCAGAGACAAUGUCUCCCUCACUGGUAUUCAGGAUGGGCUUGACACAUGCAUGCUGCAGUUUCUGGAUUAUGAUCAAUCUAGUCAAAAUCAAAUUGUUGUGAUGGCUGAACUUCAUCCAGAGCCACGUGUACACCAGCAAGAAAGUCUAGUUCCUGUACAGCAGCCAGACAUUCCAGCCUCUGAGAGGCAACCCAUCCAGACUUCUUCACCAUCUUAUAAUUCUCUGUUGAAAGAAAAACUGAAACUGGAAAUAGAAUGUCUGAAGCUAAAAAAAAAAUAUUUGAAAAUGAAAAUUGAAAACCUUGAAGAAUAAUUUUUAAAUAAACAUAACGAUGUAGAAAUGUUAAAACUUUAUUUUCCAUUGACAAUUUUAACAAUAAAUUACAUUAAAUUCCAAAACAAUAUAUCACUUUUAAUCAUGAAUAAUUUCAUUUCAAAAACAAAAUUGAAAUAUAAUUAUGAUAUUACAUUGAUGUAUAUAAAUAGCAGGUACAAAACUAUAGGUAGUACUAAACCAAAUAACUUCCGGCUGGGUCAAAAUGCGAGGUGCACCCAACUUUUGAUAGAGAAGUGAACACCACAAGUCCUGUGAUUGGUUAUAAAUAUGAGUGUGUUGAUUGUA